AGUUGAAUGCUUCUUUGUCAAUAUAAAGAGCAAUAGAUUAGCUUAUAAUUAAUCAUGUGUUGCUGCUGCUCUGAGAAAUGUAACUGCAGGCCUCUCGGCUUCCUUCUCAGCUUACCGUUUGCCUUUCUCUCCAUUUUUGUUGGCUUCGUUGGUGUUGUUAUUUGGAUCGUUGGAUCGGUUCUAAGUUGCAUAUGUCCUUGCUGCUUUUGUGUGACUGUGGUAAUCGAGUUUGCAUUGGCUUUGAUCAAUGCUCCAAUUUUAGUCAUGAAAUGGUUCACCUCCAAAAUCCCCUGUUAGGAUCUGUUUGCUUGAAGAUUAUAUAACAUAUAUUUAUCCAAUCUCUAUCAGAUAAUAAUGUACUUGAUUGUUGCCACUAAGCUUGUUCAACAAUUCAAAGGCAUUAAUUGCCAUUAUUCAUAGCUAGUGAUGUUUAAGAGUUCUUUUUUGUUACAUUCUUGUUUCUUAGUUUUUGAAGCGUAUGAAUAGAAAACAUAGCAAUUGAUGAUAAA